AUGGAAUUAUGUCAAAUUCAUCGACGAUUUGCCGAAGAGCGAAGCCGAGAACUUUGUUUGCGUUUGAAGGAAACUCUUAAUCCGCAAAAUUUUGCUGUGCCAAUUCAAGCCUGUUUAGGGCAAAAAGUAGUUGCCCGGGAAACGCUUCCCGCCUUAAGAAAACACGUUACUGUUUGGGCAAAGUCGACUUUACUGGCAACAUUUUUCGACUACGAGCAAAUUAGCCAAGAAAUUCAAGAAUAUCAACUUUUAAAGCAAGAGACAACUGGUCCGGAAAAUCAAAAUAUUUUAGAAAAAGAGAUAAAUGUGCUGGAAGCAAAAAAAACUGCUCUCAUUGAAGAAGUGAAACAAGAAUUAAUUAGUCAAAAAGGCGUUAAGCAAAAUGUUUUAAUGGAAAUUCGACCAGGGGCAGGGGGAGUAGAAGCGGGCUUAUUUGCUCGCGAUUUAUACCGUAUGUAUCACAAAUUUGCAGAUAGUCGAGGAAAAGAAGCCUUUAAGUGCUUAAAAAGUGAAGCGGGGGUUCAUCGGGUUCAAAGGGUUCCGAUUACCGAAAACAAAGGACGAUUACAAACUUCUACGGCUAGCGUGGUUGUUUUGCCAGAAGUCCAGGAUGUUGCUGUCAAAAUCAAUCAACAAGAUUUAAAAAUUGAAACUUCUCGUUCUGGCGGGGCGGGCGGACAACACGUCAAUACUACUGAUUCAAAAGUACAAAUUACGCACCUACCCACUGGAAUUGUUGCUACUUCCCAAGAUGGCCGCAGCCAGCACGACAACAAAGAAAAAGCCCUAUUUAUUUUAAAAAGUCGUUUAUUUGAAAAAUACCGCCAAGAACAAGAAAAAACCAUCGGUAAUUUACGUUCUUUGGCUAUUGGCACUUCCGAAAGAGCCGAAAAAAUUAGAACCUACAAUUAUCCGCAAAACCGGGUUACUGACCACCGGGCAGGAAUUAGUUGA